CGCAGCCGCCGCACGUAGGGUCAAAGGCGGCGCUGUCGCCCUGGCGACCGUUUCCCAGCUCCGUGGCGCCGCGAACUAAGCCUUCUUCGGGAGAAAUACGGCGCCAAGAAGCUUAGGCCAUGUCGGUCGCCGCAUCCUUCUCGAUGCGCACGUCCUUCUCUGCGGUCGAAGGGUUGCCUGAGACUGAGAAGAACGCUGGGGAGUCCGAGAAUACCUAUAUUCUGCGGCCCAUUUUCCAGCAAAGGUUCAGACCCUCUGUGGUUAAAGACUGUAUCCAUGCUGUGCUCAAGGAGGAACUGGCAAAUGCUGAAUACUCUCCAGAAGAAAUGCCUCAGCUCACAAAACGUUUAUCAGAAAAUAUUAAAGAUAAAUUAAAAGAAAUGGGAUUUGACCGAUAUAAAAUGGUGGUGCAAGUAGUGAUCGGAGAACAAAGAGGGGAAGGUGUAUUCAUGGCUGCUCGCUGUUUCUGGGAUGCUGACGCUGACAACUGUACUCAUGAUGUUUUCAUGAAUGACAGUUUAUUCUGUGUUGUAGCGGCAUUUGGCUGUUUCUACUAUUGAAUCUUUGAAAGCUGGAAAAAGAUAUGACCAUGAAGAAAUAUGAAGUUUUUUAUAUUGUUAAAUAUCUUGACAAAAUAAAGUUGGCAGUUUGGCAACUGA